AUGACGCCACCCCGCGAGUGUCUCUACCUGACGCUGGGCCUGCCGCAGACAGCCACGACGUCUGAAAUCCGCAAAGCGUACCGUCUGCAGGCGCUGUCGCACCACCCGGACAAGAACCCGUCGCAGCCUGCGGCGGCGGCGGAGCGCUUCAAGGCUGUGCAGCACGCCUACUCGGUGCUCUCGGACGACCAUGAGCGCGCGUGGUACGACGCGCACCGCUCGCAGAUCCUGCGCGGCCACGACCCCGCGGCGUCCGGCGCGGACGCGCAGCCCGAGGCGGCCGAUGCCACCGGCGUCGACCUCUUCGCCUGCUUCUCGUCCGCGGCGUACAGGGGCUUUGCGGACGGCCCGGGCGGCUUUUACGCCGUUUAUGCCGACGUCUUCGACCGUCUCUGGCAGGAGGAAGUCGAUGAGAUGGCGCGCCAGGGCCAGCGCGUGCCCGCGUCGGCCGCGUUUGGAGGCAUGAACGCCGAUUGGGACGCCGUGCGCGCGUUUUAUACCAGGUGGGAUGCCUUUUCUUCGGUCAAGUCGUUUGCGUUCGCAGACAAGUGGAACCUGGGCGAGGCUCCCAAUAGGGAGGUGCGCAGGCUUAUGGAGAAGGAUAACAAGAAGGCUCGCGCCGCCGUGCGGAAGGAAUUUAUUUCCACGGUCCGCGAGUUGGCCGCGUUUGUGAAGAAGAGAGACCCACGCGUGGUUCGGCGGAGAAGAGAGGAGCAGCAAGUGCAGGAAAAGAGGCAGGAGCUGGUCAAGGAGAGACAGCGGGCCAAGGCUCGUUUGAGGAAGGAUAAUGCCGAGCAGAUGAGGGCCGCGAGAGAUGAGGCCCUGGAGGAGGAUGCCGACGGACUAGAUCAGAUUCUUGAGGCGCUGGCUUUGGACGAGAGAAUAGAGGCGGAUAACAAAAGGGCGAAGAAAAAGAGGCGCGGGAAGAAAGCCGUGAUCUCCUACUCAGAGGACGAGGCUUCUACGUCGGAAGCGGAAGGGGAAGAAGAUAUGGAUUCCUUGGACCGGGCUGGAGACAGUGAUGGGAAUGGCGGUCCCAGUGACACACGCGUGGGCGAUCACAGCAGUGUGCAGGACGAUGAGGCUGGUAGCGAACUCGAUGAGUUGGAGGACGAGGAUGACGAGGGGAAAGAAGAGGUAGACCUGUAUUGUGUCGCCUGUCGAAAACUUUUCAGAAGCGGUCCCCAAAAAUCUGACCACGAACGUUCGAAGAAACACAGGUCUGCAGUUGCCAAACUCAAGCGUGAGUUGCUAAAAGAAGAAAAGGCGUUUGCGAAAGCAAAUCCCAGUAUGGCUACGGAAACUGUGCUUGGUACGUCCACGGAUAGGGCUGCGGAGGCAGAGGAAAGUGAGCAAUUGAUCGAUGAGGACGAGGAAGAGGCAGAAUUCCUGCGCGCACAAGCGAAAAAGUCGAAGAAGAAGCGAAAGAAGCAAUGUGCUCCAACGUUUGUUGAUUCCAAACAUGAUGAGGACGAUGGAAGAGAGCUUGCUUCUACAGGCACGGACCCAUUGGAGGCGAAUGGCAACCUUGCCUCAGCACAUACCCCUGCCAGGGGGGGUCAGAGCGCGACAGACGCAAAGCUUGAAGGCGAUAAUGCGACUACCAGCGAGGUACUGCAAGAAACGAAGGCGGUGAAGCUGACGAAAAAGCAACAACGACGGCUUCGCGAGAGAAAGAAAAGGGAAGAGGCAGAUGUUGGAAAGCCCGUCACGCCCGCAACUUUGAAAUGUAACGUGUGCAGCGGACAGUUUGGAUCCAGAAACAAGCUGAUGCGUCACGUUGAGCAAAGUGGUCACGCCUUACACGUAUCGGGGACGCCGACAUCAAGACAUCAAGGACGAAUGACGAAAUAAACAGAGUUUCAGG